AUGACUUUUUCUUCGCUGUUAACAGAUCCCGUCCAUUCAGAUUGUAAAUCCGGAAAGAAAACUUUUUCAGUUACAGUAGAUGAAACCUUAAUUCUAUUUCAAAUAACUUAUAUAGCUAAUGGCUCGUGUCGAAAAGCAGACUGGUGGUUAAGUUUCGACAGAAGAGGAUGGUCCAAAUGCCCAGCUAGAUUUCCAUACAUAAAUGGUUUGUACAGAAGCAAUACUUCACAGCCGAGGCGUGACACUAUUAAUCUUUUGGAAGAAGCCAAAUGUUGUCGUAAUGGGAAUCAGGCUAAAGCUAAAUGCGUGAAAGCGAAUUGG